AGUAUAUUACCUUCUGUAACCUUCGAAAUUAGUUGGACUUCAGAUUGAUGGGCUAUGCAGUUAUUUCGAAAUUCUUUUGGUGUAACAUAUGAUGUUUUUUGCAAUUUAAAAAGUAGGAUAAGCCUUUCAUUUAGGUCAUUUCACAUUGGUCAUUUACUAUUUCACGGGGAUUACGAGUACCAAGACCCAAAAUCUGAAGAAGAGGUAGUUAGUAUUGUUUAUAUUGACAAAAAUGGAAAUAGGAAACCAGUCAAAGGAAAAGUGGGUGAUAAUGUACUAUACUUAGCUCACAGGUAUGGAAUAGAAAUGGAAGGAGCUUGUGAAGCAUCCUUAGCUUGCACCACUUGUCAUGUUUAUGUUGAUCAAAAAUUUAUUGGUAAGCUGACACCUGCUGAAGAAAAAGAAGAAGAUCUUCUGGAUUUAGCACCAUUUUUGAAAGAAAAUUCCAGACUUGGAUGUCAAAUAAUUUUAACCAAGGAACUUGAUGGAAUGGAAAUUAAACUUCCAAAGGCAACUCGGAACUUUUAUGUAGAUGGACAUACGCCUAAACCUCAUUAGUUAAAGCUGUCAAAUACUUAGUCUAGAAAGUUGUGAAAACUUAGUUUUAUUCGUUAAAGCAUCCUGCAGGUAUACUUUUGAUUAAUAUAUUCAAGAAACUUUACUGAGUUUAAUUAUAAUGGAGUUGACUAAAGAAGCAGCUGAUGUUGCACUCAAAGCAAUUGAUUUUGAUAAAAGGAAUUGUAUUGAUGCUGCUGUUUAUUUUUACCAUGAAGCUUCACGCCUUCUACGUAGGGCUUCACAACAACUUAAUGAACCCUUGUGUGAAGAACUCUUAAAGAAAGCUAAUGAGUAUGAUGAAAGAGCUGAAACAAUUCAAAAACCAUCUGAAAAGAGAGAGUUUCAGAACAAAGAACAUAUUAACUUGAACAAAUGCAGGUUUCUUUUUCGCCAAGCUUUAGAUGCUGAUGAGUCAAAAAAUGAAUCUGCAGCUGUUGAUUUAUACACUCAAGCUAUUCAGCUUGCAAUGCAAGCAUAUGCGAUUCCUUUUACUGACAAGGAUGGUCCAUUGGCGCUGUCACCUAAACAAAAAAGAGAUUUUUAUCGGUGGGCAAGACCAGAAGAAAUAUGCUCUGAGCCUGUGCUUAUUGCUGGGGAGAGAGUAGAUUGCUUCUCCAUUAAACAGACUAUUGUUUCUGACUGUUCUUUUGUUGCAUCACUUGCUGUAGGAGCUCUCUAUGAAAUGAGAUUUCAUAAACGAUUAAUAACCAAAAUCAUUUACCCUCGUAAAAGAAAUAAAGAACCACUUUUCAAUCCUUUUGGGAAAUACAUGGUAAAAUUGCACCUUAAUGGAGUUACCAGAAAAGUUAUUAUUGACGAUACUUUGCCUGUUAAUAAGUAUAACCAAUUACUCAGUUCAUUUUCAACGAAGAAGAAUGAAAUGUGGAUCUCGCUUUUGGAAAAGGCUUACAUGAAAGUAAUGGGAGGGUAUGAUUUCCCAGAUCUCCAUGCCCUUACUGGUUGGAUCCCAGAACGGGUUGCGAUUCGUGUAAAAGACCCUGACUUCAACUCAGAUUCUCUCUUUAAAAUAUUGCUCACUAGAUUACACCGUGGAGAUGUUCUUGCCACUGUGGCAACUGGUGAGAUGUCGGAUGAAGAAGCAGAAAGAGCUGGCCUCAUUCCCACUCAUGCUUACGCUGUAUUAGAUGACAAAAAAUUAUUACAAUUGAAGAACCCUUGGUCUCAUGUACGCUGGCGUGGAAAUUAUUCUGAAUUAGAUACUCUCCACUGGACUAGGGAAAUGUGUGCUGCUCUCAAUUAUGAUCCAAAAAGUGCUGCAUCAUUUGAUAACGCUGGAGUAGGGCCUGCUAAGGAUACUUUCAAUAUUGGCGACAACCCUCAAUUUCGCCUACAAGUUGGCGAUGGUAAAGGUGCUGUAUGGAUUCUUUUAACGAGGCAUAUUGUCGACAUUGAAGAUUUCAAAUAUAAUCGAGAGUAUAUCACUAUUCUUGUCUAUAAAAACAAAGGGAAAAGAGUUUAUUAUCCUCAUGAUCCUCCUCCAUAUUUAGAUGGUGUUCGUAUUAACAGCCCCCAUUAUCUUACUAAGAUCAUGUUGGCUGAUACUACAGAAAGGGACUUUACUCUUGUCCUAUCUCAAUAUGAGAAGUCUGUUACAAUCUAUUAUACUCUUAGAGCAUAUGCUACUUGUCCUUUCAGUUUAGAAAAGAUCACCGAUCCAUUUAGGCAUAUUAAAAAAAUUGAUGGGGAGUGGAGAGGAAUCUCUGCUGGAGGUUGUGCAAAUAAUCACUUAACCUAUUCAAAUAACCCACGAUAUAGACUUAAUAUUGUUUCAUACUCUCACUUAUGUAUUGAUUUAAAAGCUCCACGUCAGUAUCAAAUCGGAUUUGACUUCAUUCCACUGGUUACCGAUAAUUACUCUAGAAAAAGCACUGGUGAUUUUAGGUAA